AUCUUCCUCCCUCUUAUUCUCUCCCCAUCUGUUGGCUCUGGUUUUAUGCCAGGAAAAGUGAUUCUGGACGACUGCAAGAGAACGAGGAAGUCAUGAAGAGGCAAGGAGAGAAAGCAGGAGAGAAGAGCGUAGAAAAGUGGUAGUGGUAGCCUGAGGGGAAAAGAUGAAGAGCUGCAAAAUUAAACAGGGAACAUAAUGAGGAAGUGCAGAGAAGACUUCAUUUAACCAAGACAGAUUACUGGACAUACAGUAUCUUCAAAAGGAGAAGGGGAGCAUGGCAGUCCAGUUCAGACUGUUCCCAGGACUGAACCGGCUGACCUGGAGACAGCUCUUCCUGGCCUGUGUGCUGCUCUCCGGGCUGCUCAUGUAUCUGCUGAGAUUGAGACAACCUGCGUCAAUCAGAGCCGCCUUUUGGUCCAAUCGUGCUUCGGAGCAAGGUCCCAGCCACUCACACACCCCUUCACACACAUCCUGGGGUGCCCCUCUGGUAUGGGGAGGCAGUGAAGCAUCUCAGCGCCAGAGAGUGGAGUUCUCCCAGCGCUCCUUCCGUGUGGGCCUGAUGGUGCUGGCUGUAGGCCGCUACGUCCACUACCUGUCGCGCUUCCUUCAAUCUGCAGAGCAGCACUUCCUGACAGGGACGCCUGUCAACUACUACAUCCUAACGGACAACCCUAACAAGCUCGUCCCACCUCCAGAGCUGGGCGAGGGCCGCGACCUGCGAGUCGUUCCUGUGACGGAGAUUCCCGGCUGGGAGCAUUUGGCCCGUCGCCGUAUGGACCUCCUGGCCUCCACCAUCGACAACCAGGCCCAGCAAGAAGUGGACUAUGUCUUCUGCGCUGACGUGGACCAGGAGUUUCUCAACCCAGUGGGCACAGAGAUCCUCGGCAAGCUGGUGGCCUCGCUGCACCCGGAGUAUUACGACGUGCCGGUUCCCAACCUCCCGUACGAGCGCAGCUCUGAGUCGAGGGCGUGCGUGCUGGAUGAGGAGGGGGACCACUACUACACCUCAGAGCUGUACGGGGGCCUGUGCUCGGAGGUACUGGCCCUGACCAAGGUCUGCUCCCAGCUCAUCCUCCAGGAUCGUGCCAUGGGUGUGGAGGCCCAGCGGCUGGAGGAGAGUUACCUGAACCGCUACCUGGUGGACAAGAGGCCCACCCGCGUGCUCUCGCCAGAGUACAGCUGGUGGGACUCCCCUGUGGCUCCCAAGGUGCCCCAGAAGAGGGUGGUGUCACUGGGGCGGCAGUGUGCCUCGCUCAGGAGCCAUGGGAAGAGCUCCAUGUUCUGCUGAGAGAGAGAGAGAGAGAGAGAGAGAGAGAGAGAGAGAGAGAGAGAGAGAGAUUGAACAAUUUAUUUGGCUAGGGACAAAUACAAAAAAAACAUAGAUGUAGGUAAUCUAAGACUACCAUCUGAUGU